AUGUUUCUCAGUCCAUUUCAGAUACUUCUGAACGAACUAAAUCAUGAAUUGAACGAGAAAAAUCUACAAUCUUUAAUACACAUUUGUGGAGAUCGCAUUUCAGGUGCUCAAAAGGAGCUAAUCAGCAGUGGAUGGGAAUUAUUCAGCAUUCUACGCCAACAAAACCUAAUCGGCUGCGAACCGGAGAAGAUUCGUCACUUGCUCGAGAUUAUCCAAGCAUUGAGGCCGAAAAGGAAAGAUUUAGUCCACAAAAUCAAGCAGUAUAUUCAAACACAUUAUGAGAGUGCAGAGGCAAUUUUGAAAGAUUUCGAAUCAAGUUCCGAUAGCCAUCGACCACUGCAAUUUCCGCCAUAUGGAACUCUGAGCAGACCGACCACUCCAGUGGAACAAGAAGACUGCUGUCGCUUGCAUUGUUGCGGCUGCAAUUGCAAUUACAAUCCAUCCUGUGAUCCAUGUCUCUGCUGUGGGAUUCUAGCGGUAUUAUUCUCCAUUCUGACCCUUUUCUGUAUACUGGCUUGGUACGUUAAAGUUCCUGAGGUUACGAAAUAUUUGAACGAAAACGAGGAUUUAAGAAACAGUGGUCCCUAUGUUAUUGCUUGUUUUGGACUGUUAGCUGUUUGGAGCUUUGGAAGUAUACUGUACAUCAAGCGAAUUUGCAGUUCAAGGAAUGGAAAUACCUACUCAGUGCUCCCACAUAACUGCUACCAGGAGACAACGAGUACUCGAGCCACUUAUGCUUCAUCGGAGUGUGAAUCCGCAACUUCGCCACGACGGAUAGAUUUUACUAGACGAUGUUCCUGCAGUUCCGGCCAUUUGACACAGUAUACAGUGUCCAGUUCUCUAGCUUCCAGAACCUCAGCCCGCCUUCCACAGAUUGCAAACCAAGCUGAUACGGUUACAGAUGGUCCGCAGCCAGACCAUGUGUUUUUCAGUCAAGAUGUAGCUCUUGAAGAAGGCGAGUCGGAAGAGAUGUAAAGAUGUAUUUGCGCUGCCAUAAUGUCUUACUUGAUUGCUGAAUGUUCACAGCGCUGUUUUCUCAGGGAUCAUGCAACGCUCGAAACGAGUCAUGACAGAGUUGUGCGAAACAAGUGAAAAAGCGGGCAUCGACGGGUGCGAAGGUUCUAAGGCUUUGUUACUUUCUUUUCAUCUCAGCCCUCGCUGUGCCUGACAGUUUAUUAGAGCGCCUUACGUAGUUUCCUGUGACAGACCUGUUGUGAACAUUCUAAAUUCACUCUUGUGUCUGCUUUAUUUUUAUACGUUAAGGACAUUUUCGUGUGAAUUUAAGUACGUGGUCUGAUAUUUGUAACCAUAGACAGUGUUGCUUCAGGACUGAAAGCCUACUGCACCAAACGGCCUAAGGAAGAAAAGGAAGAAAAAGAUCGGCAUAAUGCCAUCCACGAUUCCACUUUUCCAUACCCAAUACACCUCGCGCUCCCUUACCAACGCGCUGGGGACGAGGCAGCUUACCCCAAAACGAGGCUAUCGGGUCUAGCUCGCUCUAAAGUACAAGGAAGCAGAGAGGGAAAUUAGUAGUAGCUUGGUAUUUACAUAAUAUUUUCUCGAGUUUUUAGUUUCUUUAUCCAUGGUGAAACAUUGCAUAGCUUUUGGGUGUCAAAACCGAAGUUCCAAAGCGGAGUGCAAGGACUUAUCAUGGCAUUCGCUGCCGCUGUCAAACCAGAAUUUGCUGGCACAAUGGCUCGUGAAACUGCGUCGAGAGAACACUCCGGUAAACAAAAACUCUUAUGUCUGUAGUCAGCAUUUUGAAGCUAAUUGAUUCAUAAAACCAAUGGGAGGACAAAGAAUUCGCUUGAAGCCAGAUUCCUUGCCGACGAAGUUUAUAUUUACUGUUGAAAAACCAAAGAGGAAAGAGCUUCCUCUUUCUCGGCUGGUUCCAAGUUUGCAGUCUUGAGGUACAUGUUUCAAAUUCCCGUGUGCACUUAAGUCUCACAAAUUCUUCAAGAGCAUAACAAAGAGCGGCUAUGUGUUUACAAGAGCCACAUGGACCUUUACCAGCUGGGCAAGCACAGCUAGCAAACGUGAUUUUACCUUCCUGUUCACCGUUAUUACACAGUGACAGUUUUAUGUUAUAGUUCAAGUUUUUCUUCAUUUCAGGUAAGCAAUCACAUCGGAAGUGUACCUUGUCGUCGUCGUCGUCCCGUGCGAUUUCCAGUUUUUGGAUAUGACCAUGUCGAAACAAACCGAAAGCUUUGAUGCUGACAUUCUUGAAAUCUUUGUUGGAUUCAUUGUCUUUAGCUUUUCUUUCAAUAAAGUAAGACACGAUAUUCUGAAUAUUAAAUGAAGGGACAUCGUCCUUCGCGUCAACCAGCGAAACCCAUUGUGCAGAUCCAGGGAAAUCACAAUUGACGGUUGCCGUUUGCUCCAGUGGUUUACUUGCCGCCAAGUGUUGCCACUUCUCCGUAAAAUUAUUUUCCCAACCAUUUUUUAUAUAACUGAUGACCCUACGGCAGGUAAAACAAACCGAUAUAGAACUUAUGCUUCGAUAUUCCCUUCAAGCAAUGGUAAUAAUUAUAAGGGACAAAAAAUAUUGCAAUCUGUGUACCUUUGAGGUAACUCAGCCUUCGUUGCUUCAGACCGUGCACCACCAUCUUUAGCCGUCCCUUUGCGGAAUGACAACCAUUCUUUGAGUCUUUCUUUAGUAAUAUGCCGUGGGCAAUUACCACUUAUCAACUGCACUUUCUCCUCAGCGGAAAAAAAGGCCGCUUGUGGAAGAUUUGUGGAACACUCCAUAAGUUUUCCUCACUUUCUCACACAAAUCUGAUCGAUGUUGACCCGAUAGCCUCGCUUUGAUGUUUACUCACAAGAAUACCGCUGGAUUGUUUGGGUGGCGUUCUAACUCCGAUAAGAGCCGUUGAUUGAAAAGAUGGCAGCUGAAUCUGCUCUCGAUCCUUUUCAGAUACUUUUAAAUAACCUUAACCACGAGCUAAACGAAAGCAAUCUGGAGAGUCUGAUAUAUGUUUGUGGAGAACAUAUUCCAGGCAGCCAGCAAGAACGAAUUUCUAGUGGAUGGGAUGUGUUUAACAUUCUGCGCUAUCGAAACGUCAUCGGCAGCGAGCGGGAAAAGAUUCAUAACUUGCUCGAGAUCAUCAAGGAAUUAAAGCCUAAAAGGAAAGAUUUAAUCUCCUUAGUCAAGCAGCAUAUUCGAGAUUGUUAUGAAAAUCCAGAAACGAUACUGGAAGACCUCCAGUCCAGCAGCGAAGAUAGUGGAACACAACCUCCUGCCACAGGCUCACGAUCCUCGUCUCCGAUUCGCGACGACGAUUGUUGUCUUAUCCGUUGUUGCGGGUGCCUUUGUAAAUGUGAUUAUGGCAAUUCAUGCUGUAAUGCAUGUUGCAAUGCAUGUUGUAAUGCAUGUUGCAUGUGGUUCGGUGCCAUUUUGGGUGGUCUUUUCUUUCUCUUGGCCAUUGUGGCUGUUUUGGCAUGGUAUUCCAGCAUCCCAAGACUUACGAAAUUUUUGAAGUCAGACGGCGAGAUACAGCAUGCAGGUCCUCUUGCGGUUGGCAGUUUAGCAUUCCUCGCGGCAAGCAGCAUAGCAUGUGCAGUUUGCAUGAAGUUCCGUUUACGAAGAAACGCCGGACAGUACGAUAUAUUUCCAGACCUACCAACAACAUUCGAUAUUCAAAACAACUUUGCCACGUCAGAAUCCAGAUGCACAAUUAGGUGCGGCGACUCAUACCGAUCGGCAGCGCCGAGGCGGAUUUACCGGGGAAGGUCCUGUAGUUCUGGGCAGUACACAGCUUCCGGUUCACUCGCUACUAAAUGUUCAAGAGUCUUUUCCCGUACUCCACGGCUCGUUGAGGAAACAGAUGCUGUUCCGGAUGGCUUUCAACCGGACUCGUUUUGGACUCCGCGCAUGGAUGUAGAAGAUGACGAAAUUGAAGAGGUGUGA